AUGGGGCAAGCGCCCACUGGAGGGGCCGGGGCCCCGACCGAUCCCCCGCCCAACCUCAACCCGCCAGAUGGCGGCCUCCAGGUGUGGACGCAGACCUACUACCAGUCGGCCCUGGGGCUAUCCCCGACGACCAUCUCGUGGGCUGGGUCCGUGCACGUGUUUCUGAUCUUCUUCGUCGGCAUCUUGUCCGGUCGCGCCCUCGACGCCGGGUUUUUUCGCGCGACGUUCCACACCGGCGUGCUCCUGCAACUGGCCGGGGUGUUCCUGACCUCCCUCGCGACCGAAUACUGGCAGGGCGUGUGCACCGGCCUCGGCAAUGGCCUCCAGUUCUUCCCCGUGACGGGGCUGGUGGCCACCUACUUCGCCGGUCGGCGAGUGCUUGCCUCGGCGUUUGUGCUCAUGAGCAGCGGCGCUGGAAGCAUGCUCUUUCUGGGCCUGGUCAAAACUCUCAUCCCCACCGUGGGCUUCGCGUGGACAUUGCGCAUCCUGGGCUUUGUGAUGCUCGGCACGAGCGCGGUGGUGGAAUGGAGGGCGUUCCGAGAGCCAACCUAUCUGCUCUUCUACCUGGGCACGUUUUUGGAAUUUUUGGGGCCUCUAUUUCGCCUUUACUAUGUGGGUGCCUUUGACCACAGCGUCCUCGGCCUGAGCUAUGGCGACUCGAGUACCCUCAUUAUCGUGAUAAACGGAGCAGAAAUCGUCGGUCGACUCAUUCCAGCGUACUUGGCCGAUCGUUCAUUUUGGUCCGCUGAACACCAUCCCACUGACGUUGGGCGCAAGUCUAAUGGUGUUUUGCUGGAUCGCCAUGCACUUGACCGGGAGGCUGUAUGCCUUCGCCGUUCUCUAUGGCAUCUUUUCAAACGGUGUCCAAGACCUUGGCCCUCCACCUUGUCCAGCUUGACAUCCGACCUGAUCAAGACCGGAGUAUGCAUCGGGACGGGCUUCACCAUUGUCAGCUUCACGUGUCUAACCGGUCCACCGCUGGGUGGCGCACUAAUUGCCAAGUCCGACGGCUACAUCGGUGCGCAGAUUUGGGGCGGGCUGACCUUCCUGCUGGGCGCUGUAGUUCUCGUCACAGCUCAGCUCCCCACGACCGGGGUCAUCGCCAAGGCCAGGAUUUAA